UUGUGACAGUUCAAGCAAAUCUUAUUGGUGAAGGAGUUUCUAUGUGACUUUUUCUAAGUAGCUAUUUCCUUACAUAUCGUUACGUGUGAAAGUAGACUGAACAUCAACCUCUCUCAGGAAGGAAGGACUGCAGAGGAGAAAAUCUUACUAUUUUAAAGUACUUGUGGUAAAAUUCUGCUUCCAUCUUAAGAAGAAAAGUUGGUACAGCAUAAUGUUAUGCUUUUUAGAUUGGUACUUACCUGUACUGUGAAAAGUUAACUUCUUUGGUGAGAUGUAUUUCUCGGAAAAGUUUGAUAUUGAAGAUGACAUAAACAAGAAUACAGUCACUGCACAUGAAGGAAUCCCUUCUGGUAUCUUGUCUCAGACUAUGAAUUACGUGGGACAGCUUGCAGGACAAGUUCUAGUUACUGUGAAGGAACUAUAUAAAGGCAUUAACCAGGCCACUCUUUCGGGAUGCAUCGAUGUAAUUGUGGUUCGGCAGCAGGAUGGUACAUACCAGUGUUCUCCUUUCCAUGUCCGAUUUGGGAAGCUUGGGGUUCUGCGUUCUAAGGAAAAAGUGCUUCUUUUCACUGCCGCCACACAUUGAGUGGAUGUUUUCAGAGAGCUAUCCACAAUGAUUCAAAGAUCUUUCUUGAAAGGUAACAACUAAUUUAGACCCUAUCAUUUUGUAUGUAUGUUAGGAUUGUUUUCUAAUAUGCAUUACAGUAGAAACUCAGUUACGAACACCAGAGUUACGAACUGACUGGUGAG